UUUGGGAGGGAGGACUCCGUGCGGCCGCGGGUGUAGUGCCCGGCGAUGUCACUUGGUGUGCGCUAACGCGCGUCUCGGGCGCUGGGGCGAGAUGGCCUGGGGUAGCCGGUCUGCAGCUGCGUGCCCUGCCGCCGUGCUCCCCGCCACAGUUUCCAGAGCUGCGGUCUGCACGCCGGAGCCUCCGGGCCUCGUGACUCAGUCAUGGGAGGGGGGGAUCACACCGCAAGGCUUUGAUCCGGGGGGAGUAAGGGUCGCCCGCCUCCCAGCCGCACCAGGGCUCUUCAGAAACUGCUGAAACGCUGAAGGGCUCGGUUUCCUAAGGUCGCGCCUCCGUGAUUGGGGUUGUGGGUGGGAGAGAACCUGGGUUUCGAAGGAAGUCACCUAUCUCUGCGAUAGCGGGGUGCCACGGUUCGGGAAGCAUGACGACCGAGACCUUUGUGAAGGAUAUCAAGCCCGGGCUCAAGAAUCUGAACCUUAUCUUCAUUGUGCUGGAGACAGGCCGAGUGACGAAGACAAAGGACGGACACGAGGUUCGGACCUGUAAAGUAGCAGACAAAACGGGCAGCAUCAAUAUCUCAGUGUGGGACGACGUGGGCAACCUUAUCCAGCCUGGGGACAUCAUCCGACUCACCAAAGGGUAUGCCUCAGUGUUCAAAGGUUGUCUGACACUAUACACUGGCCGUGGGGGCGAUCUGCAGAAGAUUGGAGAAUUCUGCAUGGUUUAUUCUGAAGUUCCUAAUUUCAGCGAGCCCAAUCCAGAGUAUAACACUCAACAGGCACCCAACAAAUCGGUGCAGAGUGACAGCAGCCCUGCUGCCCCCCAAGCCACCACAGGAGCCCCUGCCGGCUCUCCAGCUUCCGAGAGCCAAAACGGGAACGGACCAAGCACCCAACCGGGCCCGGGUGGUGGCCCCCAUCCCUCUCACACUGCCUCACAUGCCCCCAGCACCCGAAUCACUCGAAGCCAACCAAACCACACCCCUUCUGGCCCCCCUGGCCCCUCCAGCAACCCUGUCAGCAACGGCAAAGAGACCCGCAGGAGCAGCAAGAGAUAGCAAGAGACGAGUUCUCUCCCUUCCAUCACAACCACGACCCAGGCGUCUCUGCCAGAGAACAAGACAGUCUCCUGCUGGGCUUCUGGCCUUAGAUUGGAGGGUGGGAUAGCUGUAUUUUAGCCACGAAGUUUCCCCAGAGGGGUGGUGAGCAGUGGCCUCACCCGCCUCAAGCUUCUGCCCUGCUUGUCCUGCUGACAUUGCCUGUCCCCUGGGAUCCAGUGCCCUCUGCCUGCCCUCCUUCCUCUGGAAACGACAGUCUGCUUCUUUUUUGGUGUGUGUGGGAUCCCUCCUUCCUAAUAAAUGCACCCACUCUC